AUGGGUGAAAGGCCCAGGAGGCAGCUCAUUAAAGCCCUUCUCCUCCUGGGGCUGAACUCCAUCUCUGCCUCCCUCCAGGACCAGCACUGCGAGAGCUUGUCCCUGGCCAGCAACACGUCCGGGCUGCAGUGCAACGCAUCCGUGGACCUCAUCGGCACCUGCUGGCCCCAGAGCCCUGCAGGGCAGCUGGUGGUUCGACCCUGCCCUGCCUAUUUCUACGGCGUUCGCUACAACACCACAAACAACGGCUACCGGGAGUGCCUGGCCAAUGGCACCUGGGCCGCCCGCGUGAACUACUCGGAGUGCCAGGAGAUCCUCAGUGAGGAGAAGAAGAGCAAGGUUCACUACCACACUGCUGUCAUCAUCAACUACCUGGGCCACUGCGUCUCCCUGGUGGCCCUUCUGGUGGCCUUUGUCCUCUUUCUGCGGCUCAGGAGCAUCCGGUGCCUGAGAAACAUCAUCCACUGGAACCUCAUCUCAGCCUUCAUCCUGCGCAACGCCACGUGGUUCGUGGUCCAGCUCACCAUGAGCCCAGAAGUCCACCAGAGCAACGUGGGCUGGUGCAGGUUGGUGACAGCCGCCUACAACUACUUCCACGUGACCAACUUCUUCUGGAUGUUCGGCGAGGGCUGCUACCUGCACACGGCCAUCGUGCUCACGUACUCCACCGACCGGCUGCGCAAGUGGAUGUUUAUCUGCAUUGGCUGGGGUGUGCCUUUCCCCAUCAUUGUGGCCUGGGCCAUUGGGAAGCUGUACUACGACAAUGAGAAGUGCUGGUUUGGCAAAAGGCCUGGGGUGUACACCGACUACAUCUACCAGGGCCCCAUGAUCUUGGUCCUGCUGAUCAAUUUCAUCUUCCUUUUCAACAUCGUCCGCAUCCUUAUGACCAAACUCCGGGCCUCCACCACGUCUGAGACCAUUCAGUACAGGAAGGCUGUGAAGGCCACUCUGGUGCUGCUUCCCCUCCUGGGCAUCACAUACAUGCUGUUCUUCGUGAACCCUGGGGAGGACGAGGUCUCCCGGGUCGUCUUCAUCUACUUCAACUCCUUCCUGGAAUCCUUCCAGGGUUUCUUCGUGUCCGUGUUCUACUGCUUCCUCAACAGUGAGGUGCGCUCUGCUAUCCGGAAGCGAUGGCACCGAUGGCAGGACAAGCACUCGAUCCGCGCCCGCGUGGCCCGCGCCAUGUCCAUCCCCACCUCCCCCACCCGUGUCAGCUUUCACAGCAUCAAGCAGUCCACAGCGGUCUGA